CUCGCCUCGCCUCGCCUCGCGCCGCCAUGGUGGACGCAGCCGCCUCCCUCCUGCUGCUGCUGGUCGUCUGUCAGGCGGCGACGGCGCUGCCGGCGACCGCUGCAGACCACGGGCAGCCUCACCGUCCGGAUCGAGUUCGGCGCAGUGUGGUGGGGUCGGUGGCGAAGGCGGUCCUGGACCCGUUCAACUUGCUGGGCCUCCUCAGAGGCGGCUCGGACGCGCACAGCGACAGCGUCAACGUGGGCGCCACGCUGCCCUUCGGCAUCUCCGCGGGCAUCUCCGGCUCCUCGUCGGACGCGCACUCUUCCGCGGGCGGCGCCGCCAGCGCCAGCUCCAACUCCGGGGGCGGCGGCAAACCGGGACACAACGGCGACGCCGGCUCCAUGGCCUCCGUAGGGCCAGCCUGCGGCAACAAUCCCAGCUGUCACUAGCGCUCUUCUGUCACUGCUUUAAUAUUCUGAGGGGCGCAAUGUGCAUGAGUACCAACGAUCAUAAUUUCAAUUAGUUUGAUAAAAAUAAUUCGUAAGUCCCGAAGAAUUAACGAUUUUGUACUUGCUAAUAAACAAUUCCAUAACGAUCUAAUAUAACCGAUUUUUGUUUUUUACAUACUCCACUAGAAUAAACCUAUAACACGUGUAA